AUGUCAAUGGUCGGUCGAGUUGAAUUAGGUUUUGAAGGUAUUAUAGUUGAGAAUGGCAAUAUAGGGUUCGGGGAUCUUGAAGAUGAAAUGAUUUUUGUAUGUGAAUCGAUAGUUAAGACUGUUCGAGUUGAAGUGGCUCUUGCAGGCGGAUUAAAAGGUCCAUUAGCUUGUGUCAAGUCGCUGCAUCAAGCCUAA